AUGCGUUCCACCAUCAUCAUCACCGCUUUCGUCGCCUCAGUCCUUGCCGACUACAGUGGCACCCCCGAGGAAUGUGCAGUGAAGUGCACCACCGCCCACGACGCCUGUCUCACCAAGCCCGACACCAACAGGGCCCAAUGUGCUGCUGAUUACGCCGACUGCCUGGGCUAUAACCCGUACGAGAACGGCUUCGUUACUCCUACGGCGUGUUCCAAGACGACGGCUGCUCCUACACACACUAAGCCGCCGUCACCGCCGAAAGACGAGUGCAAGUGCUAUGACGAGUACAACAAGUGCCGCAGCGCCCCUGGAGCCAACAUGUCGUACUGCGCCUCUCAGUAUGCAGAGUGUCUGGGCUACAACCCCUUUGACGGGCAGCACAACCCGGAUGAAAUCGAGAAGAAGUGCUCCAAGCCCAUCAUCACUCCCACGCCCACUCCUCCCCCUCCUCCUCCCAAGCCGGAUUGCCGCCUCAUCAAGAAGUGCAACGAAGAGCGCGACGUUUGCAGGGGCAAGCCCGGCGCCAACCAGGCAGACUGCUCUGCCAAGUAUGCAGAAUGCCUCGGCUUCAAUCCGUUUACGCCCGAUGGAGAGCACUGCAUCAAGGAGUGCGAAGAGGAGCACGAGCAUAAGCCUCCUCACAACGGGACGGCGCCUCCUGUUCACCCCACGAAUCCCCCUAUUGUGUCUGGCGGCUCUGGGAUGAAGCCGCUGGAGCUGUUUAGCUUCCUGGCUGCGGGCAUUGCUGCGCUUUUGUAA